GGACGGAACCCAGUGGGGGGGGAACCGACCGCUCUGAGAUUAUUCCCCCAUCGGUUAUUUUUUUGUUAACCCCCCCAUCUCCUCUUCCCCCCCACGGCAGCGGUUUGUGAGAGGCAGCCAAUCGGAAAGCGGCGCCGACACUGAUUGACAGUGCGGCUGACCAAUCGAAAGCGAGACCCGAUCUGAGCGACAGCCUCAUCGACCAAUCGGAGGCGGCGGCCGCGACCCCUGGACAGCACCUAUUGGCGGGCUGGACCGGAGCCCGCGUCCAAUCACCGAGCAGAGGGUAUCAGCUGCGGCUCAGUGGACAGCCCACUCACCUCCGAGUCUGGAGGUCAAGGAUUCGAGUCCCACUCCAGAGACUCAAGCCCCACGAUACAGGCCCGCACUCCCAGUGCCAAUACUGAGGGAGUGCAACACUGUCGGAGGUGCCAUCUUUUGGGGAUGAGCAAGGCUCGGAGCUCGGCGUGGCACUGAGAAUACGGUCAGCUUGCCGAGCGCUCAUGGAGUUCCCCGAUCACGGCCGCGUGUUGCUGCAGAGCCUCCGGGACCAGAGGCACCAGGGCUUCCUGUGCGACUGCACGGUGCUGGUGGGAGUGGUGCAGUUCCAGGCCCACCGGGCGGUGCUGGCCUCCUUCAGCACCUACUUCCACAUGUUCUACAAGGAGGAGGCGGCGGGCAAGCGGGACGUGGUGGGCCUGGACGACGAGAUCGUCACGGCGCCCGCCUUCUCGCUGCUGCUGGAGUUCAUGUACGAGGGGCGCCUGCGCUUUGGCGGCGCGCCCACCGAGGACGUGCUGGCGGCCGCCAGCUUCCUGCACAUGAACGACAUCGUCAAGGUCUGCAAGAACCGCCUGAAGGCCCGGGCCCUGGCCGAGGCCGACAGCACCAGGAAGGAGGACGAGUCGCUCGCCGGCCCCGGCACCUCGGGCCUCUCCGCCGACUACAAGGGGGCGCUGGCGGCGCAGCUGAUGCCCCCGGACCCGCCCUACGCCUCCGGCCGGGCGGAGGAGGCCCCUCCGCCCAUCCCCCAGCUGGAGCCCGCCAUCGCCGACCGGGACUUGGGGCAGUGGCCCUCGGACCCCGCCGACACCACCCAGCCGGGCAUGGAGACCGAAGCCUACGCCAGCAAGCUGGGCAACGUCCUGGCCAGCCCCUCCUCCUCCACCGAGUCGGCCAUGCCCGGCGGGGUGGCCCCCCGCUCGCUGGAGGGCGGCGCCGCCACCGCCGGCCCCUGGCAGGGGGACCAGGACGCCUCGGCGGAGAGGGGGGGGCCAGGGGUCUGCCCCCGGCCCCUGGCGGAGGAGGAGGAGGGGGAGGACGGGGACCUGAUCACGGUCAAGGUGGAGGACGACCUGUUCUCGGAGGACGGCGAGGACCUGCCCGAGGAGGAGGCUGCGGCCUGCUGCCCGCGCCUCGAAGACGUCUUCCCGGCCCCCGGCUGCCCGCCCCUGGAGCCCCCGCCCCAGGCCGGCCACAUCGUCAUCUCGGACGAGGACGAGAUGCCCUCGGAGGACGACGGCUACCCGCCCCACGGCCUCUACUGCGCCGGGCUGCCCUCCUCCUCCGGCGUCGAGGGCAAGCCUUACCCGGACUUGAGCAGCUCCAAUGCCCUGGCCCUCUCCGCCAAGCUCUACUUCCAGGACCUGCCCCCGCCGCCCGGCUCCGAGGACGACCUGCCCACCUGCGCCGCCUGCGGCAAGACUUUCUCCUGCACCUACAGCCUGAAGCGCCACGCGCUGGUGCACACCCGCGAGCGGCCCCACAGCUGCCGCUUCUGCCUCCGCCGCUACUCCCAGUCCGGGGACCUGUACCGCCACAUGCGCAAGUACCACAACGCCCACGUCUCCUCGUCCUCCAGUGCCGGGGCUACCGGUAGCAGUGCCGCUGGCCGACAGGACUCUUCUAACGGGGGCUGGAAGUGGUUGGACAAGCCCCCUUCGGAACAGUGGAAAUGAAUCUCAAACCCCCCCCCACUCCUCCCACCUCACCUCCCCUCCUCUCUCCAUCCCCUCCACCCUCUCCCCUUCUCUCCCCUUCCCCCUCGCCCCCCCACAACCCCCAUGUUCUCAAGCGACGGUGGACAGUUUUUGGUGCUGCAGAGUUCUAAAUUUGGAGAAAAAAACCCCACAAAACAGAAAAAAAAAUCUUUUAAUAUAUAUAUAUCCACACCAGCCAUCCUGUAAAACGACUUUAAAUUAAAUUCAGCCCCAGGACCGGUCCAGUAAAAACUGUACAUUUGAGGAAAAAAUCUUGUGUUUUUACUGAAUUUUUUUCUGUUUUUCUCUCUCUCUCUCUCUCUCCCUCUCUCUCUCUGGGUCAAAUGGGCACAUUUUAACAGCUCUCGGUUUGUUAAUACAUGAAAACGAUUUUGGAUCUGCUUGCAGCAAUCAGGUCCCUGCCAGCUUGCUCUAUGUGGAAUCUAUGUAACUGUGGUUUAUAAUGUGAACGAGCUAUGUAAACGUGUCACGCUUGUGACAACAGCCUUUUCGACCAUGAAGAUUCUGCAGCUGGGGGUGGGGGGUGGGGGGUGAUGUAUUUUCAUGGGGACAGUUUUAUUAUAAACUGCAGGCUGCGUUUAAUGGAAAUAAGGGCGAAAUGUGCGACUGUAUAGAUGGGGGACUUGAGUUAUGUACGAUGCUCCUGUUAUCUAACCCAUUGGGUUCUGCCUUCCUGUGUGAAACAAGAUUGUCGUAAUUUUGAAAAUUGGUUGGGAGCGUUUCUGAGUGCUUAACCACAGACGAUGCCACGUGCUGGUAAAUGGGUCAUCACUGCCAAUUUUGGAAUCACCAACUGCCGAUCUAACUGGUCAAAAUAAUUUGCUCGCUCUGGUACAGAUUUCCCACCAUUUCAUUGACCGCCAUCCUCCCAGACUGAUUCAGCGAUGUUCUAAGCUUAUGUUCCUUCCAUGGAUUCAGAUCGGCCAUUGACUCCUCUUCCAUGCCCGAGAAACUGCGGUGCUGGAGGCCAUUCAGCCCAUUGUGCCUGUGCUGGCUCUUUGAAAGAGCUAUCCCAUUAGUUUCACUCCCCCACCCCCG